AUGGGUGUGCAUGGCUUUGUUCACAGCCCACUGAGCCGUGCAGGUGGUCUCUUCACCACCGAUGUUGACAUUCAACCAUCGACCAAAAGAAGCCACGGAACCACCGUUCUCUAUGACGGAAAAGGAGGAGAGAAGGAGGAGAGAAGCGCCGCAAUUUCACGUGGAUACUUGGUGGGCAUUCGAUUCCACUCAUUGCACCAAUUCCAAAUUAUUGUUUUCAAAGCCCGGGCGGAUCCGUCCCAAUACAUUUCCAAGAUUGAGAAAUUCCGUAUGGAGAUAACUACAUUACCUGAACCGUAUAUCGGCGGAUUGGUUGUAACUCGUCGCUGGGACGUGAGCACCGGUGUUGAAUGUGCAUGUAAAAAACCUCAUGGUAUUCUCAGCGAAGAAGUACGGCUGGCGUGGGGGAAAGAGAUCCAUAUUAUGAGUCGAGUCAAGCAUAAGAAUAUUGUGAAGUUUUAUCCUGAGAUUGGUGGCCAUGAACCUUGCUUGUAUAUGGACUAUCUUCCAUGCGGGAAUCUUAAAAUGCAGCAUCGCAGCAAACCCUUUUCAUACGAGGAGACGUUGGUAAUCCUCCGCCAAUGCCUAUCAGCUUUGAAAUAUCUCCACGAAAGAAAUCCUCCAAUCGCACAUCGCGAUCUAAAACCGGAAAACAUUCUUGUCCGCGAACGCAAUCCUCUUCAUAUCCAGCUCGCGGACUUUGGUUUGGCAAAAGAAGGGACCUCUCUGAGGAGCCGUGUUGGGACAGAAUGCUAUGUCCCCCCUGAGUACUUCAUGGCUGCUGAGCCGGGAGAAAAGUAUAGCGUGAAAAUCGAUAUUUGGUCACUUGGUGUCGUUGCUCUUGAUCUCACGCACAGCCUGCCCACAGACGAGCUCAGUGGAAUAUCUUGGUGUGACAAAAUCAUUGAUAGGGUCGACCAGUACAAGAGUGAAGGUCCAAUGCAGUUCUUAAAGACCCACAUGUUGGUCCUCAAACCAGAAGAUCGAUCGUCAGCAGACAUCUGCUUGAAGGCGGUCGAACAGCUCCGUGCUCCCUCCCGAAAUGGGUGUAGAACACCGACUCAAGCUUCGUUCGCCGAGGAAAUUCUCAGCAGAGAACGGCCAUCCUCUCUAUAUAACGCGAUAUCAGGCUUCUCCUCCGAUAGGAUCAAUGCCUACAUCAGUACCAACAUUCAUAUUCCAGAAUCGCGAAAGAGAUCAGCCCAGACACGGUCAUCGUCGGGUACGUAUCCCACCAGGCCGUCCAAACGUCCUGUACAGAAGGCGAGUCACAACAAUCAUGCAGAGCAAAAGGAUUCUGAGUUCAUUCUUUUCCAUCGCGAAUGGUUGCAAGAUUCCAAAUGCGUUGGAUCUGAAGUUGCUGAGCUGGGCCGAGAAGACCCGCCCGGCUGGAACAGUACCAGCGAUGGUAACUCGACGAUCAAGAACAUCUCCGAGAACCGAAGUACGCGGCCAAAUAUGGGUGAACAGUUCAAUGACCCUGAACGCCCGUGCUCAGAGAGCGAAAAGGAACUCGCGCGUUUACUACAAAAAGAUAAAAAUUAA